UGUUUCAUUCUCAGGCGCUUGCUCCGAACCGAUAAUCUCGCCGUGAGAAACGCGUCGUUCCGUCCGCUUGAAAUUCAAAUAUUUAUAAUCGUUAUAUUUGUAUUAAAAUAUAAACGCCCGCUUAUUUAUGCGUUUUUGUUUGUGAGAUCGCUGACAGUUCAUAAUAGGGCGUGAAGAAUUAAAUAAUUUUGUGAGCAAUUUAAAUAAAUAAAAUUAGGCCGCAAAAUGAGCCUCAAAAUGAUGGCGAUCGUUUGUGCUCUGCUGCUCCUGUGCACCUUGACCCACGUCCUGUCGGCAGCGACCACAGUGCGACCCUACAAGUUCGGCUUCACCAUCGACGAGCAGCAGCAUCGGGCGGAGAAGAGAGAUGAACGCGGCAUUAUCAUGGGCGAGUUUGGGUUCAUCACCGCCGAUGGAAUAUACCAUGUUACGGUCUAUGCCACCGACGAGGAGGGCAAGUUUCGCAUAAUCUCCAUGAAGAGCUAUCCCUACGCUGGUCCCGUCGGUCAAAAGACACUGUCUGUGACAACGACGCCAAAGGCCCUGCCACUUCCGCUUCCGGUGGCUCCGCCCAGGAAUACCUUCAUCACGGAAGGAUGUGCCGGCUGUUUCCUGAAGAAGUCCCCUCCCAAGACGGAGAUUCGCACUCUUUCCCAGCCAUUGGCGCCAGCUCAAUCAGGUAAGCCCGAGGGCUCUCCGGAUUACGGCCUGAAUGUGCAGUUGCCCUUCCGGGAGUCCAUUGCCCAAACUGUGGCAAGGCGUCUUGGCUUGGACCAAGAUACACAGCAAAGCACCAACACUUACACGAAUGCACCAAACACUAAACACAUCGCACUUGGUCUCAACUUAGCCAUAAACACUUACUACACAACCAAGGGCGCUGUGACCGGACAUGUCAGCACUCAGACCUCGAAUUCCCAAUCAUCGAGUGGCAAUACAAAGAUCGACUACAAUGUGGGCGUGGUCGAGAAGGCUGGAACGCCAGUGUAUCCACCAUUGAACAUCAAGUUGGACGAGGAAGCAGUAAGGGAAGCCAUCGAGUAUGCCGGCCGGGUAACAGGUCCUGUGGCCCUGGCCAAUCAGCCACUUGUUGCCCCAUCAUCGGUGCCUGCCAGUCAAGUGAAAAUCUUCGCUGUAGAUGAUAAUGCCAACCUUCCGCUUGCCAGCUAUGUUCAAUCCGUAGGACAACGACCAAGUGCUGAUAUAAGAAACAUCCUUCGAUCCGGAGUUGCCUCUGCGAAAACAGUGGCUCGUUCGAAGGCACAGCCCACACUCACACAGAACCCACACCAAGCACUUCUUUUGAAUUCAGCAACCACUGCGGGAAUUUCUGGAGUGUCAGCCAACUCACCAACCGGAAGUUCAGCAAACAGUGGAAGCUUCUCUGCAGGAAAAGCGCCUGCGGGAGGAUCUGGAGGAUCACCAACUGGAGGAUCUGGGGGUGUUUUCGGCGUAGGAGGUUCAGGCGGAAGCAAGGCAUCUGGUGCUUCAGCUGGAGGAAGCUCACUAGGAUCUGGAUUGGGAGUUUCCGGAGGAAGCAAGCCAACUGGAGGUUCCGCUGUCGGUAGCUCGUCGGGAUCUAGACUUGGAGGAGUCGGUGGUGGAAGCUCGUCAGGAUCUGGACCUGGUGGAGCCGGUGGUGGAAGCUCGUCAGGAUCUGGACCUGGAGGAGUCGGUGGUGGAAGCUCGUCAGGAUCUAGACUUGGAGGAGUCGGUGGUGGAAGCAAAGCCUCUGGUUUUGGCGGAGGAAUUGGAUCGGGAAGCGGAAGUGCCUCUGGAGCAACGGGAGAUCUGUACAAAUUUAAGUACAUCCUGGACUACAAUGGACACGAGGAGACCGGCGGUCGCAAUGGUGACAAGCAGGGCAGCUACUUCGCCAUCGGUGAGGAUGCAGUGCAGCGGACCAUCGAGUACAUUGCGAACGAGUUUGGAUUCCAGCCGCACGUUAGCUGGCGGAAAUUGGACGCCAAGGAGGCGCUGCCCGAGGAGAAUUCGCUGAAGCACUACGAGUUCAAAUGGUUCAACCAGGAGCAGUAGCCGCUGAUUCUGCAGCGGAUUAGUCCAAGUCUAGGGUAGCCACCAUUUUCCCCCCUGCUGUACAUAACAAAUCUUGUUAAU